CAUUUCUAAUCCCAAACACAUUAAUUUGCCCUUCAAAAUGGAUAGAGAGUGUGAUCCAGCAGCAGAUGAAGCAAGAACAGAACCAAGGUGCAAGAAGAAUAAGAUGAAGAACAAAAGGAGGUUCAGUGAUGAGCAAAUAAGGUUACUCGAGUCGAUAUUCGAAUCGGAGACGAAGCUGGACCCUAGGAAGAAGAAGCAACUGGCAAGGGAGCUGGGGCUUCAGCCUCGCCAAGUAGCCAUAUGGUUUCAAAACAGAAGAGCCAGAUCGAAGUCCAAGAGGAUAGAGCAAGAUUACAACACACUCAAAGCUAAUUACGACAACCUGGAAUCAAGAUUCGAAUGCUUGAAGAAAGAAAAACAAACCUUGAUUUUACAGAUACAGAAGUUGAGUGAACUGCUGGCCGAGCCUCAUGGCGGCAAUGGAGUUGAUGGAAGCAGCGCAAUAGAAGCCGAAGCACAACCAAGCUCCGGACAGGCUGAAAACAACAGCGAUAGUGUUAAGCAAACAGGGCUAGCCGGAGAAGAAUUUCUGAUGAUUGAUGGGCUUGAUUCGGCGGCCAUGUUGGAUCAUUCAUGUAGCACCAAUUCUUCUCAGUGGUUAAACUUUAGGGCUUAAAACAUUUCCAUGUCGGUUUGAAUAUCAGGGAACUUUGAAUAAUCAAGCAGUUAAAGGAGAAGGGCUAGAAGAGAAGGAAGUGAGCAGUGACAAUUUGUUGACGACAAGAGAUCUUCUGAAGAAGAAAGAGCCGGCUGUAUAUAAGUGUCGGUCUUGGACUCGUCCUUCUAAUCCUUCCAAGAAUUUGCUACAACACAAGAUGGAUAG